AGACGAUAGAAAAAUAAAGAGUUCGCCGCGGAGCGAGUUUUUCGAAUCGAUCACAUCUUUGACCGUGGAAACUUCCCGCAAGCAGCAACCAGCAUCGACACAGUCACCGUCGACAUCGUCACCGACUACUUUGAUUGUCAAAUUAGAAAUACGUUGAAUCUGAACAGGGAACUUUCAUCGCCACCGUUAAGAAUGCCGUGGUCCUUGUCCUCGUCCUUUGUGGCUCGGACGAUCCUCUCCCAAUGGAUUGUGUUCUGGUGCACCUCACUACUAUAUCUGGAUCCGACGAAGUGUGGUUGCUCCCUUGCAUAUUCACCGAGCUUUUAUUCUCCCAUUCGAUGCAGUAGAAGGGGUGCAUUUGGAGGUGAUCAAAUAGUCCCUUCGCAGCAACGAUUUCGAAAACAGGCCCACCGGUCGAGGUCGGCACUGUUGUUGGCUGCUAACAAGAAAACUCCGAGAGACGACAACGAAAGCGACGAUCAAGGUUCAUCAUCAAAGAGGGACAGCAGCAAUCCAAAAAAGAAGAAUAGAAAAAACAAUAAGUCGGGGAAAAAAUGGAUGUUUCGUAAGCGGAAGGGCAACGAGGAUGACGAGGACGACAAAGAUUGCGACAGUGACAGUGACUGGAACAGCAAUUUAGAAGGAUCAGAUCAAUUACUCAACACAAACCCAGAUAACAAACCAGACAGAGCUGAUGCAAGCAGUCUCUCCGACGAAAUCUCUUCCACAAAUGCAAGUCACAAAGAUGUUGACGACCAUCAAACUGAACUGAGAUCCGAAGAGCAAACAACACACGAAGGUCAGGAUAACUCAUCGAUAACGCCUAACGAUCAAGAAGACGAUUCAAUAACUAUUGCGGAGGACAACAAGGUGGAAGAACAAAACACACGCGAUGUUACAUCCGAAAGAGGAAAAGUUGACGAAGAUCCAGAGUUAGUGACUAACGCUGAAACGAAGAAGAAAGCGGAAAUCGAUGAGACAGAAAGAAAAACCAGCAGAUUUGGGUUCUUUGGGUUUCGGGAAAGGAAGAAGAAAGCUACUGAUGUUGACGACAAGAAUACGACCGUUGCAUCAAUAGCAGACUUGGAUUCGAAAAACCUGGAGAAGGCAUCUGAGCUGAUCGUAGGCUUCAAUCCCCCCGGACCGCCCCGAAAUGCCACAACGAAUGCAGACGGGAGAGAGGACGAUUCCGUUGCAAAAAAAAACAAGAAGAACAGCGGCGGUGCUCUGGGAAAGAUAACCCGAACGCUUACGUUGCUGCUUGCCGUGAUGCUCUAUCCGAUUGUUGCGGACGAAGUCGGGGACCACAUCAUCGUUAGUUCUUCGUCACCAGCCGUACCCCGGACGCGAUCCUUGGGAAGAGAGCAAGACGGGGAAGGUACACCCGAAUCGGGCAACGACGACAUCGGUGAAGGCAAAAAGUUUGAAGCGGCAGAAAAGGGCAGCGGCCAUGACCCGGACGCUGGAAGUACGAGUCGCGAAGGUGGAGUCGGCGACGAAGCAUGGAAGGACAAAAUGCCACCGCCUCCGCGGCAACGUACCUACGCCAGCAGCAACAGCAACAACAAUAAGAACAACGGCCCCGGUUAUUCCUUGAACGACCGGCGCAAGAUGGCGCUGUCAUUUAUUUCGGAAGUCGUCGAACAAGUCGGUCCAGCCGUGGUUCGAAUCGAUACCGAAUCCCAGGUGAACAAUAGAGGGGGGUACAGCAACUACGAUUCGAACUUUGUGCAACAGGGCCAGGGAUCUGGUCUGAUCUUUUCGUCCGAAGGCUUUAUUCUGACCAAUGCACACGUUGUCGAAAGUGCCACCAAAGUCAAAGGUAAGAAGAUGCGAAUCGGCAAAAACCACAGUGCAAUGCAACGGGGCUCUUUCCUCUUGGAACCGAACGCAAAAAUUCUUUUGCCGUAGAAGGACUUCCUUUCUCAUUUGCAGUGUCUCUUCGUUCCAAACCACCCGUUCCUGUUUCGCGAGAGCAGUCACCCUGACCGAUGGAAGAGUCUAUCGGUGCACCGUCACGGGGACGGACGACAUCGUAGACAUUGCCGUCCUGAAAAUCCUGUCGGAAGACGGUCCCCCAGUGGCGAACCUGCCGGUGGCGGAGUUUGGAAACAGCGACGAGCUAAGGGUUGGAAAAAUCGUCGUUGCCGUGGGCAGCCCCGGGGGCCUGGACAACACGGUCACGAUGGGCAUCGUGUCCGGGCGGGAGCGGUCCUCCAUGAUGGUGGGAAUCCCCCACAAGCUCGUGAACUACAUACAGACGGACGCGGCCAUCAAUCCUGGAAAUUCCGGUAGGUGACGGUGUCGUUGCCUCAGGCUCCGUGCAGGCCGGUGUCCCAUCGACCCGCGGCGGUCUCUUUGCACGGUGUUUCUCACCUUCCUUUCUUGCUUUGGUGUGUGUGUGUGUGUGUGUUUUUUUUUCCUUCCUUUUCGAACCAACAGGCGGGCCCCUGAUCGACGUGGAGAGCGGCACGGUCAUUGGCAUCAACGCGGCGAUCCGGGCCCACAUGGAGGGAACCAGCUUUGCCAUUCCCAUCAACCGGGUCCGGGACAUCCUGGGCGACCUGUCCGACGGAAAGGAGAUCAAGCACGGGUACAUCGGCUGCCAGCUCACCACCUGCACCCCCGACUGGGCCCGGGAGAACAACGCCAAGGCCGGCGGAGCGGACCAGGGCGGGGCCGGAAGCGGCAAGGGGAGGCCGGCCUCCAUCCCCGAGGUCUACGGGGCGCUGGUGCACAAGAUCUACGGAAAGUCCCCGGUGCACCUGGGCGGCCUGCGGGAGCAGGACGUCAUCCAGAGGAUCGGGUCCGAGCCGGUCCUGUCCGCGGGCGACGCGAGCCGGCUGAUCGACCUGGCGGUGCCCGGGGAGAGCGUUCCCUUCACGGUCCUCCGCAACGGGCGCGUGAGGGUCAUCAGCGUCCGGCCCAAGGACAUGUCGAGCACCCAGCGGGAGAUGCAGCGGGAGAAGCAGCGGCGGCUCCAGGACGAGAAGCGCCGGUUCCAGGAGCUCGGGCCCUUUCGGUCCCUGCUGCGGGACUGAAGCGGCGAGCGGGGAAAUACAUCCGGUCCGGGCCG